UAAUGCUACCGGAAGUAGAAUGCAGUAUGCAGUGUGCAUUUAUGGAUUUCAAAGCUAAACCAACCAGCUAGAAUCGUCUAAGAUGAAGCACGUGUUUCUGACUGGCGUUCCCGGUGUGGGUAAGACCACACUGGUGAAGAAAGUGUAUGAGGCGGUGGUCUCCUCUGGGGUCACAGUGAACGGCUUUUACACAGAGGAGGUCAGAGAGAGAGGCAGGAGGGUCGGCUUUGAUGUGGUCACAGUUUCAGGUGAAAGAGGCCGUCUGUCCCGGGUCAGCGCUGAAUCCACCACAGACAGACGUGAAUACAGGGUGGGACAGUAUGUCGUUGAUCUUCAGUCGUUUGAGAGUGUUGCUCUCCCUCUAUUCAGAGACAUGCGGGAGGGAAACAGGAGAGUGUUUGUCAUUGAUGAGAUCGGAAAGAUGGAGUUGUUCAGUCAGCCGUUUAUCCGUGCGGUGAGACACACACUGGACAGCUCCAGCUGCUCUAUCUUGGGCACUAUCCCUGUACCUAAAGGAAAACCACUGGCACUAGUGGAGGAAGUGCACAGCAGGCAGGACGUCAAGAUAUUUGUGGUCACAAAGGAAAACAGAGAGACGAUUAUUGAUGACAUUGUGUCUGCACUAAAGGAAUGCCUCAAAUAAAUACAGAGAAGUGGACAUUAUGGACAAUAAGAAACUGAUCAUAUAUAUUUUCACCCCCUAGUUGUUAUUUUUUUUGUCAUUUACUCACUCUUAUGUGGUUCCAAACUCAAAAGGAGAUUUUAGGCAGAAUGUUAGACUCAGUCACCAUUUAAUUGUAUUUACUAAUUGUAUAAAAAAAAAUAUAUGCAAUUAAAUUAAACUAUUGGGGCUGUUAAUCACAAACAUUUUGCCUAACAUCUCUUGUUUUCCACGGAAGAAAGUCAUGUCGGUUUGGAAUGACAUACGGGUGAGUAAAUGAUGACAGAAUUUUCAUUUCUGAGCGCCACUGAGCCCUUAAUAACACCCACAUCCUCCAUUCAGAGCAGUGUGUCACACAUGUAAAAUUCAUGCAUGUGAUUAAGCAAUUCAACAUGCCUUGAUCCUCCUCUGCAUUAUUGAUUCAGAGCAGGCGGACUGGGAUAAAGAGGGGAGGAGAGUCAUGGAGAUGCUGUUCUGGAGUAAACGAUGGAUGAAAAUGUUCUGGACUGACUCAGAUAAAACAAAAAAAGGGGGUGAUGCCCUCUAGAACACUUGUCAGCCCGACAACAUUUCUGACGUCUUCAGCUGGACACGGACCACUGAGGUGUCGACCUUUUCUCAUGUAUAGACAAAUGUUUCCUGUGUGUUUCCCAUUGGACAGGAAAAUAAAUGUAUAUUUGAA